CGUCGCGGCGUGGUUGUGUUGUAUUGUGUGCGCGGAGCACAAACGAGCGAACCCAAAGGAACUGAUUCCACUUAAAGGGAGAUUCAUCCUGCCGGACAACCGAUCGGUGCUCACGAAAUGCAAGUGAAAGUGAAGUUCCGAUCAUCGAUAGAGACGAUACGCGUAGAUUUUGAAUGACCUUAUUAGUGUAACAAUAUCAUAGAUCCUACUCAAUCACAGGAUAAAUAAUCACAUAAAUCGGAUUAAAAUUCAUACAAGUAUAUUUCAAUUGAAUUUGUAGAUUACGCCCGCAGGUUGCAACAUCGCAUUGGAGUAACAGAAUACAGCAAGGAGCCGGGGGGAGGGAAUAUGACGCCCCUGUCCUUACGCUGGCCAUGGGCUCGCGCUCGCGGAGGGGGCAUCAUGUUUUCGCUUUGGCCUUUGAUGAUUGAACGAACAUUCCAGCUGGCGUAACCAGAAGGACACACAGCCCAGCGGCAACGCAACCGAUAGCCACACAAAGGAUCGCUACACACACAGACACACCCCAAAGGCAAAGCGCCGAUCAGCCAAUCGGAGUGUGCCCCCAGAGCGGCGGAUAGAGCACCAUAGGGGCAUUGGUAUUCCUUUCAAUUGACUGCGAACCCGCGGCACAGAGUACAACAAAUCCAGAACAGUCGGCGCUACACGUUCCUCGGAAUGAGCAGCAGCAGCAGCAGCAGCAGCAGCAGCCGCAGGCGGAGAGCAGCGGAAAGGCAAAGGCUGAGGCUGAGGCUGAGGAUGAGGCUGCCAGCAGCCUGUCAGCUGCUACUGUGGUUGGGCAUGCUGCUGCCCUUGAUUCUGCAGGCGGUGGCGGCAGCAGAUCUAGAAGCCGCAUCACUGGCGCAAGGAGCACAGGGAGCAGCCACACCCGUUGGAUCCCCACGGACUCGCAGCAAAGCGGAAGCGGAAACCCUGAUGGCGGCUGGCGACAGCUUCAACAUUCGCCACGGGCGCUCCCACACCUCCCAUCUGCUGCACAACACAAACAUCAACAGCAAUGACACAAGUGGCAGCACCAGCCUCGCACGCCUCAGCCCAGCCCCGCCCACGCCACACCCCGAGGCAGGUGGCACAACAAGCGCCCCAGUCACGCACAAAAUACGCAAAUUGCAUAAGAAGAAAAUCAAUGAGAGCAUUCGAAAGAGCGUGGACAAGAGCCUGGGUGUGCUCCAUCCGGCCAAGAAUCAUCGCAGCCUCGCAGAGGCCGAACACCUGCAGGGUCGCCAACCCACCCACGACGACGAGGAAGAUGAGGACGAGGACACGGCCGCUCUAAGUGAGGUCAUGCAAUUGGCGGACGAGAUUGAUCUGGAGAAUUCAUUAGAGUCGGCUUACCAGAAUGUUGUCGCUGGCUUCACUGCCACGCCCACGCCCAUGCCACAGCCCCAGCGAACGUCCCCUACGGCAGCAGCGGCAGUUGUCAAGUCAACUUCGACACGUGGCACAGGUGCAGCCGAUGGACCUCUGCCACGGCGGCCAUUUCUGCGUGCCAACAUUGAUGAUGCCAAUUACGCGGAGGAUGAAGCGGCCAUGGAAGACUCCCAGCAGCUGGAUGUGGAUGUGGAUGAGGAUGAGGAGGAGGACGAACUGUUAUCGACCACUUCCAUGCCGAAAAUUGUGAAAUUUGCGCCUCAUCAUGGGGAAAGAACACGUCUGCUGCCAGUGAACGGGAGCAGCUGGCUGGCAGGGAGAGGAGGAGACGAAGGCGACAUUGGACGCCGCUCAAGAGACUCUACAGAAUCCGAUUACCGUCUCGAUUACUCGCAUUCACGCAGUGCAAACGAUGCCUUCGACAAUGACGACAAUAUCGCUGAAGACGAUGACGACGACGAUGAUGAUGUCAACGCGGCAAAGAAGCAGUCAAAUGCCAGGUUGCCCUUUGAGGAGUUGCAGCUGCUCAAUGACAGCAGCAGCAGCGGCGGCAGCACCACAGAGUGGAUGGAUGAUGGCAAUUUGAAUGGGGGUCCUGGCGCCGAGGCGCGCUCUCAGGCCAACAUGGAGGUGAAACAGAUCCAUUUCGAGGGCGAGGGUGAGUCUGAGGUUGUGCUGGAUACCUCAGAGGUAACCAUGGACGACGGCUAUCCGCCGGAGGUGCAAAUCGAUGACAACACCAAGCAGCUGGUCAUCGAGGAUGUCGAGGGCACCGACGAGGACACAGACGCCGAGAACAUGGAGUCGAAUCAGCUAACGGCGGAUGUAAUCAAUGCCAGGGACAGCAAAAUAGAUUUGGUCUCCAAAUUCCUGCAGUACAUCGAGCAGCAGCACUUGAUGGGCUCCAAUUGUGUGGCCGGCACAUCGCUGAAUCUCGGCGAGGGCGUGGUCGACCGCUAUGCCCAGGACCGUUUCCGCGUGGAGGCCGAGGUGGCCGUCAAUCGUGCCAAUAUGUUGACCAGAAUAUUUAAGACAACGGGGCAGCGGGUGCAGGAAGAUGUCAACUUGCUGCAUGCCUCUGUGCUAUCGAUGGUGGAGUUUGACGAUGAUAUAUUCGCGGCCGGAAAUUGCUUCGAUUGGAACGAACAUCCCGCACAGCCGGGCCUCUUCUGUCCGUUUGCCUACCGCCUGCCACCGCCGAAUCUGGGCGCCAUCUUUGCCAAGGAUCUGGCCAUGGAAUAUCACUAUCUGGGCAAUACCUCCGAGUGGUUCUUUCUGGCCCGCAAGAAUGCCGAAAAGGUGAUAGCACGCAAUGAGCAGUAUCUAAAAUCCUUUCAUCUGUAUUCGAAUCGCACCGAGGAGCGCAUCGAGGAUGAUACUCUGGCGGUUAAAUAUGAGGAUGGCAGAUGGUCGAAGCCGUAUUACGAUUGCGGUGGUGGCAACAUUUGGAUGCUAACCUACACGGUGCCAUUCUUUGGCUAUGAGAAUGGCAGCUAUCACUUCAAGGGAACAUCUGGCAUUGAUAUUGACUUGCGGCGCGUGGACAUCGACCAGUGCCCGCAGCGCCACACGCCCGGCACCAAGCGGCCCCUAAAUAUCUUCGCCGGCACCGACAAGUGCAAGCAGCGCACCACAAUGUGCGAGGCCAUCAUGGGGCUGGGCUUUCGUCGCGGCUCCUACAAAUGCCUCUGCCGCAAGGGAUUCUACUUCCCCGAUGUGGUCUCGCUCCACAAGUUCUUCAAUGGCAGCCUGCUGGAGGAGGAAUACGAAAAGCUGAUGCUGGGCAAGAACUCAACGUACAACAGCAACAGCGAGUACGAGUGUCUGCCCUGUGCCGAGGGCUGUGACUCCUGCGAGGACUCGUCGCCCUGCAUCGCUGCCCUCAACUGGCCGAUGCGCACCAGCAUCCUGGCACUGGCAUGCAUUGUCAUUGGCCUGCUGCCGCCUGCGGCCUGGUUUACCUUUCGCUAUCAGCAAGUUAAGGUUGUACGUGCCGCCAGUCCCGCUCUGUUGCGGGUCAUUGCAUUGGGCGCCUUCUGCAUUUAUUGCACGAACAUUGUGAUGUAUCCGAAUCCGAAUCUCUAUACCUGCACCGCUCGCAUCUGGCUGCGAGAGAUUGGCUUCUCCCUCACCUACGGCGCUCUGAUGCUUAAGACCUGGAGAAUAUCGGUGAUUUUUCGUGUACGCUCCGCCAAGGCUGUCAAAAUCACCGACGCUGCCCUGCUGAAGCGUUUGGGCAUCAUUUGCGGAGCCAUUGGCACCUGCCUGCUGGUGAGGACACUCGUCUCGCCGCCAGAUGUUGUUGUGGGACGCACCGCCGAUGACUUGAAGGCGUUCCUGUGCAAGACCGACUGGUGGGACUACACAUUCACAUCGAUGGAGGUGCUGUUCCUGGCCUGGGGCGUUCGACUGUGCAUCAUGGUGCGUAAGGCACCAUCCGAGUUCAACGAAAGCCGCUUCAUAUCGAUGGCCAUCUACAAUGAGUUCCUGCUCACCUGCUUCCUCAACGUUUCCAUGUUGUUCCUGCAAUCGCCGGCCAAUCCGGAUCUCCUCUACAUCAUCUUCUUCUGCCACACACAACUGACGGUCACCCUGCUGCUGGCCCUCAUCUUUGGCAGCAAGGUGUACAUAGUGCUGCGCAGUGGCAAAUCGCAUCAGGAGAACAUUGGCAUGGGCACCAAGGCAUCCGGUGCCAAAUUCAAUUUUCGUCCUCAAGUCCGCACCUUUGCCAAUCCCAGUUCGAUGACCACCUCAACGGUGCCAGUGGCGGGCACAACGUCAGCAGAAAACAAAUUGUCCGACCAGGAGGCACUGGAGGAGAUCCGCCAGCUGAGCAUGCAGCUGCAGCGCAUACAGGAGAUGGCACCGCCCAAGGGGGUGGCCGUGAUGACGAUAUCGAGCCUGCUCGAUGGACUGAAGACCUCCGGUGGCAUGAUGGCCGUGGCGGCCGGACAUGCGGCAGCGCGUCAAAGUGCCCUGCCACUGUUGGCGCUGAACGCGGAAAUGCAGAAAUACAAUCAGCAGAACCUCAAUGCGAAUGGCCGGGGUGGCGGCACUGGCAGCGGCAGUGGCCGCACAAGCAUACCCACAAUGGUCCUGGAGACGCCACCCUCGUCGACGCCACCCUCGACGGCGUACGAGGAGCGAGCCAUCAACACGGAGCUCAGCGGUGACGAUUUCCGGGAGCAGCUGCUCCGUCGCACCGCCGACGGUCACAUCAUCUGCAGCCGCUGCCUGGACGCGUCCAAGGAGCAUUACUACUGCUGUCCGCCGCGCAGCGCCUGCGACCAUAUGGGCUCGCCCCAGCAGGAGGGCAGCAUCAGCUUUGCCAACAUCAAGCUGGACUGCAUGUGUUCGCAGUCGGAGGACCUCGACCAGGACCACACGCUGCGGCAGCGGCGCCCGGCCGUGCGCUCGGCGGCCACCAACACGCCGCCCCCCAGCUGCAAGCGUGCGCCCCGCAACCUGCUCGAGGCCGACGUCUGCAUUACGUAUCAAAUUUGUGAUAACUGUAGAAGUAAGUAUAAGCUUAGUGGCCGCCGACGCAGCGGCAGCUGCACCCAGGCCCAGACCCACAGCCACGUCCAGCCGAACGGCGCCACGGUCCAGAGCCAGGUGCAGUCGCGCAGCAGCGAGCUGCUACUCGAUCGCAGUGUGAGCGUGGCCCUAGCCGCUGCCAAGGCCGCGCAUUCCACAGACGACAUUGUGCUGUACACCAGCUCCACGAAAGAGGAGGAGGAGGAGCAGGAGCAGCAGCAACAGCAGGAUGUUGGGGAGGAGUUGCCCCAAUCCGCGCCUGAUCCAGCCCCAGCGCCCUCGCUGGGCAAUGUGUCGAACGUUUCGAAUGCCUCGAACAACUCCACAAGUGGCAGUGGUGGCGCAACGCGUCCCAAGCGGCCGGAUAAGUUGGUCUUGGAUCUGAACGAUCGUUCAAAGUACACCAAAGAGGUUUCUGUAUAAAGAUUUAGGAAAGCUAAAGGCAGAGGCAACGAGGCAAAGGAGUUUCAAACUCUCUUUCAGGUGGUUUUUGGCCUGGCAUUCCUGUUUGGUUUAUAGUUUAUGUUUACGCAAAUUGAAUAACCAAAGACUUUAAAUUGUAUUUCCAUUAGCCACUUACUAUACUCGUCUGUAGAUAUCGUUACGAUUGAGCUAAAGCUAGAGAUAAGACACGCCCCCCAGGGCCCUAAAACACCUGACUUCAGUGAAAGGACAGUGAAGAGUGUCGGGUCAGGGAUUUGCAUAUUGCUUAGCAAAAUGAUUUGCAGCCAUAAUGAGCCCCUUAAUGCUGUGAAUAUAUUUUGCCCAAGCCAAAAUGCAGGAGACCCAGGCGAAAGGCAAACAAACCAAGGAGCCCCAGACACAGACAACAUUUUGCUGGAAAGUCAUGUGUUUUGGGCCUGGCUAUUUAAUUGAAUUUAUGCACAUUUCAUGCAUGUGAAUAAUUGCAACAUAAAUUGCAUACUAAUUGAAAAUGGCAACGAAUCAUUUCCAAUAGUUGUUCAAAUUAUAAUGACGGUGAAAUGCAUUUGCUGCUUAAUUAAUUAAGUCAUGUCUAAGUGCCGAUCCAAUUAAAAUACUAACACAAUACGUUCCAACGCAGUGCAGUCUCUCUCUGUAUACAAUUUAACAAUAAGUUUGUUGAUGGAAACUGUUUAAUAUACAUAUCUCUGCCAAAACAAAACAAAAACAAAACAAAACUAAACACAAACUACAUGGAAAAAACCCCAAAUAAAUAUGCGAAAAUGUAUAUGUAAUUGUAGUUAAAAUUUCUGAUGAAUUAAUUUGUUCGUGUAUACAUAAUUAGCUGCAAUAUUAUAAAUAUUUUCCAAAUUACACACACUUCACAAUUGUAAAGUAAAACAAGUGUUUAUUGUAUGUAUUCGAUGAAUGUAGUUAAGCAUCG